AUGGCGACCUCUGAACCGGAGGAAGUCCCGCCGCCGUACGCCGCGGUGUUCAUGACUGAAUAUUACACGGCCAACUAUUGCACCGUUGCUAUCUCUGCGUUGAUUGUCUAUGAGCAUAUGAUCACGAUUCUUGACGAGGUGCAGCAUUUCUGGCAUGGAAGGCUAACAGGAUCCAAAGUGCUUUUCUUCACGAACCGUUACGCCCUAUUGGGAUUUGCUCUAUUCAAUCUGGGUGGAAUGGCACCUUCGAACACUGCACUCAACGAUGUCGCAAGGGGUAAUAGUUGCGGAGGUUUAAGUGUCGUACUCAAUCUCUGUAUCUUCAUUCUCUACGCUACAGAAGCAGUAUUUGCUGCCCUGAGAGCAUUCGCAAUCAGUGGAUUCAACUGGCCGGCCGCGCUACUCGUCCUGAUACUUGGCUCUCUCACUAUCUGGCCGAAUAUCUAUCUAAUCGCCAAAACGACUUACUAUCUCGAAAGUUAUGGCAGUGCAGUGGCAUGCGCGAACACCCCGGAUGUCUCCGGCGAAUCCUACUACAGAUGUGCUGUCAGCGCGAUCCUCUGUGACGCUCUCGUGCUCGCGAUUACAUGGUGGAGGACAUGGGGGAUCAAGAAAGCAGCCGAACACGCUCGGAUGUCAACACCACUUGUGACUAUUUUGUUGCGGGAUGCUCUCAAUAUCGCACAAGCAGUCGUCCAGAUAUACGAUGGGGCCAUCGACUACCUGUCCUAUUUCCUCACACCGCUCCCCGCCAUCUGCAUCUCGCGCUUCCUCUUCAACCUCCACUCCAGCUCGAGUCUGUCGCAGCUCGCAACAGCGUCGACUUCGCAAUCGGAGACCGCCCCAGCGGGAAAUACCUGGGCUUGGGAAUUACCCGGGGAGCAAAGCGAACACCAGACCGAGGGCACUGAGAUGACCGCGAUCGAAGCAAGACAUGUGGGUGAAGCUUGA